AUGCAAAACUCACCCGCCACGGCUCACCCUCGAUCUGCUGGUGCGCCUUUGUCGGCCACGUCCCAAGCCCCUCUUCAGCAACCCCAGGCGCUUUCGCAGUCCGCUGCACUUGCGCAAGCAUCUCGAAGCUACUCCAGCAGUAACACACAACAACACCAUGUUAUGGGUCAUUCACAUCCAUCAUCAACACCCAGGGAAACUCAGAACGGGGGCACUCAAAAGAUGCCUAUUCCAAAGCAUCUUCCUGAGAGAGCAACCGCGCCACCUCAGCCUGUCCCAAUAAGCCAGGCAAGACCUACGUAUUCUGGUGGACCAAGCAACAUGGGUAAUGGGGUUAUAUCUCAGCCUGUGCUUCCAAAGGCACCAGGUUAUAACAUGGCCGCCGAAGGCGAUCGGGUAUUGAGUAGGAAGAAACUGGACGAGCUUGUUAAGCAGGUAACAGGUGGCGGGCAUGGAGACGGGCCUAGCCUCACACCUGAGGUUGAAGAAUCUAUGCUCACUGUUGCGGACACGUUUGUUGACCAAGUUCUUAACGCCGCUUGUAAGAUCGCAAAAGAGCGCGGAUCGAAAUCUCUAGAGAUCAGAGACAUUCAACUCACUCUCGAGCGCGGAUACAACAUCAGGAUUCCGGGUUACGCCAGUGACGAGAUCCGAACUGUCCGUAAGAUACAACCAUCAAAUGCAUGGAUUGCCAAAAUGAGUGCCGUGCAAGCUGCGAAAGUCACAGGUGGAAAGAACCAAGAGUAG